AUGAAUCAAGAAGAUAGUGACACAAUAGGUUCGCGGUCUUUGAAUGCCGACACUUUAACAACCACACCUUUGCCUGCAAUUGACCAAGAUUCAAACACCGAUACAAAUGUUGAUAACUCCGCUAACAAUUCUUCCGAUAUCACACAAACUUCCGCGAUCCCUCGUCCCAACUUCUCACCCUUCCAAUAUGAAAUGGUCGCAUCUGACCAGGAUCUCGACAUUCACUCAACAUCCCCCACAUUAACCUCCGCGACUCCUCGUCCAAACACCUCAUCCACCCCAUCUUCACUAUCCGUAGCAAAAUCCAGCAAGCUAAUAUUAGACGCACUGGUCUACGACGCCAUCAUACAAAAUGAUAUUCCAGGUUUAGCCAAAAUUCUGUCCGAGAAUCCCAAUUAUUAUCUGAACCUGCCAAUUAGAAUUAGUGACAUAGGUCGAUUAGAAAACGAUGAGGGAAAUACUGAUAACGAUAUUCAUGGGGAUGACAAGACUCCUUUGAUGAUCGCGGCUUCCUUAGAUUAUGUUGAUGUGGUCAAGUAUUUGUUAAAAAAUCCUAAUGUUAAUGUAGAUUUACAAGAUGAACAAGGAGAAACAGCAUUAUUCCAAGCCGCAGCUGCCGGAAAUGCAGAAGUCGUAAGAAUUCUGCUAAAAAAUUAUGCCAUGGUUGAUCUGUCGAAUAAUCAAGAUUUGUCGCCGUUGUCGACAGCCGCCUAUCAUGGCCACACUUACGUGUGCAGAAUGCUGUUAGAUCGCGGCAAGGCAAGUAUCAACAAAAAGGACAAAACAGGAAAAACCGCUCUCGCUCAUGCCGCACAUAGAGGUCAUGCUCAAACGGUAGAAACUUUGAUGAGUAGGGAAGCCGAUUCCAAUAUUGCUGAUAAGUUUGGUUGGACUCCGAUGAUGUUGGCAGCGUACACCGGCCGAGCAAACAUUGUGCGCCGACUGUUACUAUCCGGCGCCGAUCGUUCCCCUAAAACCACAAAUGGAAAAACUGCCGCCGACCUGGCACGUGAUAGCGGAUUCAUCCACGUGGCCGACAUGAUUGAUAACUUCACCCAGAAUACUCUUUGGGUGUACAUCUCCUGGGUAGUGACUGCUCCAUUUCUGGAUAGGAUCUUGAUUAGUAUCGGGGGAAUGGAUGAUGCCCGGACACGACAAGCGUGGAGAGAGAAGGUCACCAUGUGUUUCUUUAUAGCAUUGGCAUCGUUGUUUAUUGCGCUGGUAACAUUUGGGUUCGUUAGACUCGCAUGCACCGAAUUACCUCCCGUGCCAAACUCGUCGGUUGAAAAUUUUUGGAGCGAUAAUUCGUCGGCGACCAAUUCGCGAGUGAUGAUCGUUCGCGGGAAAAUAUAUAAUGUUGGCGACUAUUUUGCGUUAGGAUUUCAUCGACCCUUAUUACCGAAUAACAAUGAUAACACAUUGGGCCCAAUAAUUAAUUCCCUAUUUGGAAAGGAUGUUUCCCAAUUCUUUCCAUUAAAUAAUCGAGCCAUUGGAUGUCGGUUUGCUCCGUCAAAUCGGACCAACAACGUUCUGUGCCCUAAUCUUCCUCAAACCGAUUCACGCUAUCAUUGUCACUCUUCCGGAAACUCGUUGCGCACCUUGGAAUCAUUGUCCACCAACAGAUAUGUGGGCAUAUCAUGGGACGAAAUAUCGGGUAAAACGGGUAAUCGAAAACUAUUGGUUUUCAACAACCUCGUAUACGACUUCACCUCCUACCUCGAUCCAUCGAAUACCGACUAUUGGCUGGGAGAUAAUGGAACGUCAACAAAACUAUGGAUUCAAUCCCUCAUAGGACUUGACGCCACAAAGGAGAUAAGUAAGGUGAACAAUGUCGACGUGAUGAAUUGUUUUGAGAAUUUUCGGGUUGGCAAGGUCGAGGGUAUCGUCUAUGGAUGUGCUGCCAUGUCCACGGUCGUCAUAGUAUUGACCACCAUCACAACACUAUUCGGGAUAAUGAAACUAUUUUCGGCGUUGGCCUUUUCUAACUAUAUCUCCAAGAAAAUUAUUAUCGCCGACAAAAAACCAUACGAUCAACUUCGGCGCAUCGUAAUCUUGAUACCGUGCUACAGCGAAGGAAAGGAAGGCCUGAAGAUGAGUCUCGAUUCACUGUCAGCCACCGACUAUUCCGACCAGCAUAAGUUGUUCUUUGUAGUGGCGGACGGUGAAAUCACUGGCAGUGGAGAGACCAGGUCCACGCCGGAUAUUCUCAAAGAUCUCAUUACACCCUAUGACGACAUCGAUCGACCUCUCUCGAACGAGAACACAUCCCAGAAUCCAAGUGGCACGUGGAAAGAACCUACACCAAGAAGCUAUAUAGCAAUCGGUCAGGGAACUAAACGACACAAUAUGGCGCAGGUGUACACCGGUUACUAUGUAUACGAAAACCGCCGUAUACCAACGAUUCUGGUGGUGAAAUGUGGCACUCCCGCCGAGCGAAAAACAUCACCGAAACCAGGGAAUCGAGGGAAGCGCGACAGUCAACUGGUGUUGAUGAACUUACUAUCCAAAGCAUAUUAUAACGAACCAAUGACCGAAUUGGAGUUUGAAUUGUUUGAGAAGAUUCGAUUGAUAAGCGGAUCGACCAUUGAUCAAUAUGAGUUAAUGUGUAUGGUAGAUGCAGACACUAUCGUGGAAGAGCGCAGCUUGAGCAUGUUGGUGGCAUGCAUGGAUCGAGACCCCAGAGUGAUAGGAAUCUGCGGGGAAACCCAGAUUUUAAAUAAGACCGACAAUUGGGUUACCAUGAUCCAGAAUCUCCUGCUCCUUGGCGAGGAUCGAUAUCUCACCACACUAAUCCUCCGCGCCUUUCCCAACCGAAAAACAAUCUAUUGCCCCGCCGCCGUCUGUCUGACUGCCGUGCCCACUUCAUUCUCCGUUUUAUUGUCUCAACGUCGAAGAUGGAUCAAUGGGACUGUGCACAACCUUCUAGAACUAAUUAUGGCCCCCGAGUUACCGGGAAGAUUUUGCUGUUCGAUGCAAUUCGUGGCGUUCCUUGACUUCUUGGGCACAGUGACCACACCAUUUGCCACUUUUUAUCUCUUCUCGUUGAUCCUUCUUGUGCUUUUUGGCAAACCGUUCGGAUUACAAAUCGCAUAUUCUGCGGUCACAUAUUUAGUACAAUUUGUAUUGGUCAUAUUUACAAGCUACAGUCCGGUCUACGUGAUGUGGUUCCUUAUUUACGCAGUCUCAACUCCGUUAUGGUUUGCCGUUUUGCCGUUAUACGCGUUUUGGAAUUUUGACGAUUUUACAUGGGGUACCACCCGAAAGAUCGAAGGUGUUGAUAACGGCCAUGACGAGGACACUAUAUUUGAUAAAUUCGAUCCGCGGAAAAUAGAGCUCAAGAAAUGGGACGAAUGGAUCAUUUUCCGACAUCUCCAUAAUCUACCCAUGCUCGCCCCGUUGCAACAAUUCACCAAAUCCAAUGCAAAAAGCAAACAUGCACCAAAAAGUAAAUCUAUUCCGGAAAAUGAGGGCGAAGUUGAAGGCGACGAGGUUAGCACGAAAGACGAAUCUCGGUCCAGUUCAUCGCAGACGGCGAUUGAAGAAGAGAAAGUGAUAAGUGCCCACAGAGAUCAAGAGGAUAUCGAGAAUGAAAAGUUAUAA